GUUUUCGGAUGACUCCGAUCUCGAAGGCGAAUCCGAUCUCGACAUUUUCGGCUUCUCCGACGUGCUUCCGGGUGUCGAGGACCUUGAUGCCUGGGAGGCACUCUUGCCUCUCUCCAGGCUGCCGCCGCUGCCAGAUCGCAAUCCGAAGUUCUGGACGCAGGCUUUUGCUGGCGCAUGCGUCGUCUUGGGUUUCUGCAUCACUUUUGUCGUGUCAGCACGCAACGUGCGUGGCGACCCGGCGCAUUGGUCGAAUCCCGCGUGGUGUACUGCGGUAGACUCCGUCAUGACCUGCUUCGCCAUCUUGGCCCUCUUCUGCACCUCCUUCAUCAUCUUCGGGAGACAAGGUGAGAUUUGCCGCUCCAAAACGACCUGUUAUCCGAUUCCUGCCCAGGUAGCGAAGGGCCUCCUGGCUGGGCAAAGGCCAUCACAAAACCGGAACAUCUCUGGGCCGGAACACCACCCUAUGCUUGGGAGCUAUUGCGUUCGCUGCCUUGUGUGGCGCCCGCGAGAUGUGGACUCUCAUUUGAGUCACCACUGCAGAAUCUGCCAACGAUGUUUUGUGGAGUUCGACCACCAUUGCGGUGUUUUCGGCCGCUGCAUCGUUGAAGGUAACAUGCCUUGCUUCGCAACGAACAUUGCUCUCCUGGUUUUAGCAAUACUGGCAAUGUUUCUGACAAACGGCUGGUGCGGUGAACUGCCAGAUGAGCUGUAUGAGUAG